AUGCACGGCAUAAUAAAAUCAACAACCUUGAUAAUCACACUUUGCUUCACUCUCUUUACCACAACCUCAAGUUCACUGCCAAUAUUCUCAUUACUGCAAAAACGCGGUUUCAGCGGCGUGGCAACUUUUUAUAAUGCCGGUUUAGGAGCAUGCGGUAUAACGAAUUCUGAUUCCGACAUGAUUGCGGCAUUGAAUGCUCCACAAUGGGGUAAUCCAGCAAACCCAAAUGCGAGUCCUUACUGUGGGAAGCAAGCGAUCGUUACAGGGCCAAAAGGUUCAGUCACAGUCACAAUUACUGAUAAAUGUCCAACUUGUGCAUCUGGAUGCUUAGAUCUUACACCGGGCGCUUUUGGUAAAAUCGGAGAUCCUAACGAUGGAAAAGUCCCAAUUACUUGGGAUUGGCCUUCACAAAGUAGCUCGAAACCUUCUCCAUCUACAACAUCGAGUAGCUCGCCUUCAAGUAGUACAGAUAGUUCCAAACCUACAUCCACAGCUGAUCCAAAUGUCAGUAAAGCACUUUACGAUGGAAUAGUCGUAUCUAAUAUGCCAUCAAUGCCAUCAACGACACCAAACUCUUUGAAAAAUUCAGUUGUUCAACUAUCACCACCGUCAACUUCAAAUGACAAUACAGAUGCAGCUGCAUCGAAAG